UCGGCAUUCAAUCGUGAUUUUGGUCGGCGGACAAUCCCUCUAAUCCAGUCAUGACAACCGAUCCAGACGGAGACUCGCAAAUGGCCUCCUCUCCGGAGUCGGCCCAGCUCCCCUCCGACGGCUCGCAGGCCGGAUCUCGCACUCCCACCCGAACCACCUCCAACCCGCCAGCCGGGGGUCUUUCCGAACUGUCCCCGCCAGGAUCCCAGACCCAACCUACCUUCACCAAUGUGGGUAGCAGUGUUCCGGGGACAACGCCGGGCUCGACAGCGCCGGAGGAUCAGCCGGGAGCCAUGUGGCUGAACAAGCGCGCCGAGGAGGAAUACCAGCGUGCGAUGGAGUUCGUGGUGGACAAGGACUUCAAUCUCAAUGAAUUUGGGGAUCCGUUCGACGAAAGAGACAUGCAGGCGAAGGCGUUCUGAGAGUGAAUGGAUAGAUGGAUGGAAGAAUAAAUCGACGGGGGAUCUAGAUGACUGGGGGUCUAUAAUUCCGAUAUUUAAACUCUGGCUUAAAUGAAUAAUGAGAGACGAUGAUCAUGAAUCGCCA